AUGGCGGAAAACGGAGAAGGCGCCGAGGAUAGCAGGCUGCUAUCACUCCCCGACGAGCUCCUCAAGAUCAUUCUCGGCCUCGUGGAUCACCCAUCCGUUCGCUGCAACGUCGCGCUCUCCUGCGCCCGCCUCCGCCACCUCUCGCGGCGCACGCCACAUGCGCUCCGACUCGAGUUCGACUCCAGAUCAAGGGCUGCGAAUCGGGGAGAAUGGUUGAAAAAGUUUGAGGAUUAUUCAGGGGUAUUUACCCACAUGACGGAUCUGACCGUGGAGAUCACCAGUGGUCUCGGGGACCAGCUGAUUGCAGGGAUCGCAGCGGGCUGCCCGAAACUGGAAAACCUGAAGCUGGAGGUGUCGGCUUGGGAUAGCUUUGACGCUCUUGGCUUCAUUGGAGCUAAACUCGCCCUCUGCGUGCUCGCGCCUCUCUCACACACAGCAGCCGGCGCUCCCUCCCAUGCACCUAUUCCCCUCACUGCAGUCCCUCUCUCUCCUCUACGUUCCCUCAAACUUCCUCCCCAUUAUCGCUGCUCCUCCCUCACCUCGCUCACCAUCUGGGGCCCUGAAUUCUCCACUCUCUCCUCCCUUGCCUCCUCCUCCUCCCUUGCCUCCUCAUCCUCCUCCUCCUCCUCCUCCCGUUUUUCCUACUCCUCCAUUGCCUCCUCCACGUCCUCCUUCCCCAUUGCGUCCUCCUCCCCGUCCUUCUUCCCCAUUGCGUCCUCCUCCCCAUCCUCUCUUCGCACAUCCCUCACGUCCCUCGCCAUUCACUCCGCCCAAGUGCCAGGCUCUUUUGCACCCCUUGUCCUCUUUUCGUCCCUCUCCUUCCUCUCCCUCCACUCCUGCACCAUUGAUCCGUACGAGCUCCACUCCCUCUCACGCGCCCUCCAUAGACUCACCCACAUCACCAUCCAUUCCUGCCCGUUCGUCUCCUCCUACUCCCUCGUCCCCAUCCUUCAAGCCAACCCUGCUCUUUCCUCCCUCUCCCUCCACGAAACCACCUAUCGUCUGUUCGCUGCACAGGGCUUCCGCUCCCUGCUCGCUCGCUUCUCCUCCCAGCUCCACUCCCUCCACCUCGCCGACCUCCCAUCCUUCCGCCCAGGCUUGCUUGCAGACUGCAGGCGCCUGUGCACGCUGGGUGUGGAAGGGACGGCCAAUUCCUCGCGGAUGCGAUCUCCGCAGGGCGUGUCUCUGGACGGCCUUGUGAGUAUGCUCGUGCGGGUGGAGCGGAUGGCGGAUGCGGCCGGGCGGUCAGCAGGGGAGGCUGGAGGGGACGGUGGAGCGGAAGUGUGGGAGAAAGGAAUUGUGGUUGCAGCAGCAGCAGUAAGAGGAUAUGGAGCAGCAGCAGGAGUAGAGGAUGAGGUAACAGCCGCAGCAGCAGCAGCAGCAGCAGGAGGAGGAGACGGGGCAGCAGCAGGUGAGGGGCAUGGAGUGGGAGGGACGACAGCAGCACCGCAACGGGUGGCAAGCACACCCGAAGACAGAGGGUUAGGGGAGGUGGCAGCUGGGGAGGCGGCAGCUGGGGAGGUGGCAGCUGGGGAGGUGGCAGCUGGGGAGGUGGCAGCAGGGGAGGGGGCAGCAGGGGAGGGGGCAGCAGGGGAGGGGGCAGCAGGGGAGGUGGCAGCAGGGGAGGGGGCAGCAGGGGAGGGGGCAGCAGGGGAGGGGGCAGCAGGGGAGGUGGCAGGUGGGGAGGUGACAGUUGGGGAGGAAGUACGUGUGCAAGUAUUCUGCCCUCGCCUAGACUCCUUAACCCUUCAAGGGCUCUAUUUCUCUACCCCCCUUCACACCUCAUGGCUGCCUUCAACCCUCCCUCCUGAGUCUCCUCUCGUUUGUCUCUCCCCCCCCCACCUUCUUUUUCCCGCUCGUGUGCCCCAGCCCCAAGCAUUCAGCCAAUGUGCUUUCAGUCCAUCGCUCGAGCUGCUGUUUUUGGGCAUUUCAAGCAGCUUGUGUUGGUGUCCUGCUUAG